GAACUAAAGCUAUCCAGGUUCUGUUCACUGACGGAACAUAAUAUGGGUAACACCAUCACUCACCAUCACACACACCAUCACAACAAGGGAAAUACUAGGUGAGAUACCCAACUUAUUUCCCACCAAUUGUGAUGAAAUCCAUUAGGGGCGGGGCCAGAGGUCUCUAAUGGAUAUGAAGUCUCAGAGGUGCCACUGGAUUUGUCUAGUUAUUGUAACACUGUCAGUGUUGUUAUGGUACGUCCACAUGACCAGAUCAGAUGGGUCCAACAGCAUGGUCAACAUUGGUCUCCAAGGAUACCUCAGGAUCACCCCUGGCAGGAGGGAUCAGUUUCUGAAGAUGCACUGCCGCCAGUGUGCCUUGGUGUCCAGCUCGGGCCAGAUGCAGGGGGCAAGUCUCAGAGAGGAGAUUGACCAGAUGGGGUGUGUGAUCCGCAUGAACAACGCCCCCACACUGGGCUAUGAGAGGGACGUAGGGAGCAGAACCAGUCUGAGGGUCGUAUCGCACACCAGUGUUCCCCUGCUGAUUAAAAACGAGAGCUAUUACUUCAGGCACUCUGCAGACACCACCUACGUGUUCUGGGGUCCUGAGCGGAACAUGAGGCAGGAUGGGAAAGGGCGUGUUUUUAAUGCCUUGAUGAAGAUGGCCACGAAGUACCCGCAGGUCAAAAUAUACAUGGUGACUCGGGAGAAGAUCCAGUACUGUGACAGUGUUUUUCAGAAUGAGACAGGGAAAAACAGAAUGAAUUCGGGUGCUUUUCUCAGCACUGGUUUCUUCACCAUGAUCCUGGCCAUGGACAUGUGUGACAGUAUUCACGUCUAUGGGAUGAUCGACGAUAACUUCUGCAGCCGUGCUGAUCACAGUGUUGCUCCUUACCACUACUACGAGGGAAGCCGGAUGGACGAGUGCCGCAUGUACCGGCUGCACGAGCACGCAAGUCGUGGCGGCCAUCGCUUCAUUACCGAGAAGGCCAUCUAUGCCCGAUGGGCCUUGCACCACAGGGUGGAGUUCAAACACCCUUCCUGGAACCUGCAGGAGAGGAAACAUGACCCCUGAGUGUUGUGCCUGGUGACUUUUUAAAAUCUUUGACCUCUGACCCCCGUAUGACCCCGUUGGGGAAUUCUGUGCAGUAUGAGAGUCAAAUUAUCUUACUCCUUCAUGGGGCUGCAGUAUUAAUUAUAAUAUUUAUGACAGCCUAAAUGGUGUUCAAAACAUUGUAUUCAAUAGUCAAGCAUCAAACUGCCAACUUUUUUUUACAUUGGUCAAAGUGCUCAUAUUUCUAAUUUUAGACCUUUAGCCUAUGUCUAAAGUACAGUAUUCUAACCACUAUUAAAUUAAAACUGCUAUUGGUAGGUCUAGUGAUGCCAAAUCAAAUAAGAUUUUUAGUGUUUGAACAAACUUGAUGCCUUUGUUGUUUGUUUGUCAUAAUUAUGCCUUUUCAUUUCUGCACUCUUAAGAUCCAAUGUUUUUUCAUUUAAUGUAGCUUUUAUGAUGCACUGACUGAAUGUUCAGCAACGUAUUAUGUUUUUUCCUGUUCACUGCUAUAUGCCCAUGUAUUUCAAUGUAAUGAAACAUUGUUGUGCUUUCCUAUCAGAGUUUAGUCUUAACAACAUUUCAAACUUGUACAUAUAUUUAUUAUGUUAUGGUUCAAAUGUAACAAGAAUCAUGAAUUUAGUGUCACUGAAAUAUAAUAAUGUGCUGGUCAUUUACUAUCAGAGAAAGUGACUAUCUGAUAGCAAAGAGAAACUCUUGCUGAUUUGAUUGGUUUUUGCAGAGGCCAAUGGAAUGAUUUGACAUGUUAUGAGUAGAGACUCAUCCCCAAAAAGUGUGCCUUUUUCUUUAAGUUCCUAUUUUUGUCUGACAUUAUACACAUGUUGACUUUAAACAAAAAAAGGUGUUGCUUGACAAAUGGUAAAUGGUGUAAUGUUACU